AUGUUUGAAACAUUUAUUGUAAUAAUAUUUUACUCCAUUCCAGUGGAUACUCAAGAAAAACUGUUCCCAGAAAUAUCGGAUUUGUUUGAAACGUUUAACGAUCCCUUAAACAUAGAGCCAGUGGGAGAAGUUGUGGUUAGAAAUAUUUCAGUAGAUGUAGAAAAAAUUGAUAUACGCAAGUUGAAAAACAAGUUGAGCGUCAAGACAAAUUUGACGGAUGUGUUACCUGACAUUUACCUUAACGAGACGAGAAGAUUAGAUCGAGUCGGGAGCAAAAGGGAAUUCUAUGCUGCUUCAGAGCUUGAGGUGAAGAUUAAGCUUCUAGACCUGAUGCUGCAACUCAUAUAUAUGGCCAGGCACAAACUGAAACGUCUUGAAGCUGAAAAGUACUUCAAUCCUAAAGAUACUUCGUAUCGAAUUGCGUUCUUGUAUCGUCGCUUAAUAAGAAUUUACAAGAGAAUGACGGAUGUUUAUACAACGAUGUGGAACAAGAGAAUAAUCACUGAAAUUUGUAGACAUUUCCACCUGAUGGGCGCACAUCUACUUCUCCAUCAUAAGGCAGCCAAGCUCCACGUUGACUUUCUUUACCUCUGGUGGGUACUGGUGAAGCUACAUGAGAAAUUCUGCUUAGCAUAUGGACUACCUAACUAUGUCCCUGAUGUUAUAUAG